CGCAAAGCGGCAGGUGUAGGACAUGAGGAACAUUCUUCAACAAAGGACCAUGGAUCGCUCAUGCUUCCUGGUCGUGAUGCUGGUUUUGUCGCCGCUAGCUGCGUGGGCGCAGACGAGCGACUUCGAAUACCCAACACUUUGGGAUCCCAGCACCAUCGUGUCCUCUUCAGUAGAUUAUGCCGAUGGCGACGCGAAACUGAAGGGCUACCUUGCCUAUUCCAAUGCAACAUCUGGGCCACGGCCAGUCGUCAUCAUCUAUCCUGACUGGGAUGGCAUUUCGAACUAUGAGAGAUUUAGGGCGAAUCUGUUCGCGUCCAUGGGCUACGCUGGUUUUGUGGCCGAUGUGUACUCCCAAGCGGUUCAACAGGGCCCCUCAAUUCCGGCUGCCAACCGAUCAGCACUCAUGAUGCCCUUCCGCUCAAAUUCCUCCUACUACCGCCCUCGGCUUCUGGCUGCGCUGAACACUGUGCGCACCCUCGACAUUGCCCAGAAGGACAAGAUCUUUGCCAUCGGGUACUGUUUUGGAGGGGGCGGAGUGUUUGAGCUGGCACGCGCUUGGCCCAACACUCCUGGCCUUCUCGGUGUUGGAGGAUACCAUCCUGGUCCUUUGGUGAGUGCUGGCCCAAAGAUGCAAGCAGGCAGCCCCCUUCGUGUAUAUGCAUUCUCGGGAGCUGAGGAUCCAGGCAUCACUGGAGACUCUGUAGUAGCAUGGAAGGAUGAGAUGCGGGCUGCAAAUGUGACAUGGGGCUACUACAACUAUGGGGCCACUGUGCACGGGUUCACUCUCCUGGAGAGCCCUGUGUGGACUGGCAACAAGAACGUGAGUAACGGCUACAAUGCGGCGGCUGACCAUGCCUCUUGGUGGGCCCUGCGCGGCAUCCUGCUGGAGGUCUUCCAGCUGACAAACACCUCCAACGCUUACACCUCUGCUGGUGGCGCGUAUGACUAUCAGACCGGCAUGGCCGGCACCAAGCUCAUGAGCGCUUGAGAGCUGCUGCAUGUUUAGCUCUUCGCACAGAAGUAUACAAUGCAUUCAAAACUCUUGUGUUCUUCUCGUGCCCUGCUGCUGCAGUGGUGAGAUGCAUGCAUAAAGCUGUUUCCUGAAGUACCUGGAAGUAAUGUGCCCCAGAGAAUGGGCAAUUAUGCAGCAUAAGGACUUCAAUUGAUUCAGUCUGACUGAAUGUUACAGGUACUCUAGUGCAACUCACAGAAAACUUGUCUGACACUGGUUUUGUGUCGUUGAGAUGUAGUUUUCCAAAAAUGUAUUAGAGUUUGUUUAUCAGCAUGCAUGUGGUCAAAGGUGGCCGCCACAAUGUGCAUGCGGCAAAAUUGCUUCUGCAGGUGCAGUGUGCUGCGAGCCUGCCCGUCUCUCUCUAGAUCUAUGAUUAGUUUGCAGCUGUUUUAGGCGUCUGACGUCAGCGUCGACGCUUCACUGUGAUUUUCUUUCAGUGUAAAUUAUUUUACUAGUAGUCAAGGCAAGAAUAGAGUGUAUUCUUCCAUUGAAUUCAAUGGGCACUGCCACCUUCAAGCCUUCUGAUAUG